AUGGUGGGGAAUGUUGAUGCCUAUGUCCAUGAGACUGACAACGGGGUCGAAUUCAAUACUCAUGUGGAAGAAAUUGGAGGCUUACACAGUGUAACACAAGCGCCAGAGGAAAUUGUAGAGACUCCGCAAUCACGAAAAUGGAGAAAGAAGAAGGCAAUUUCAUCCAUUGAGGCACUGGCACAAGGACUAGGCGACAUUACCCAAGUCCUAUCAGAAUAUGCAACUGACUGGG